ACAGUCUGCAUUUGUGCAAGCAAUGCAAGGCAAACACAAGACCUCAAAUGGAUCCCACAGCAGUAGCGACUAAGCCUCAUGCUGUUUGCAUUCCGGCUCCAGCUCAAGGCCAUAUCAAGGCAAUGCUUAAAUUUGCAAAGCUCCUCCACCAUAGAGGUUUUCAUAUUACCUUUGUCAACACUGAGUACAACCACAAGCGCUUUCUAAAAUCUAUGGGCCCCAAUUCCCUUGAUGGCUCACCUGAUUUCCAGUUUGCAGCCAUCCCAGACGGCCUUCCAGAUUCAGAUGAAGAUGCCAUCCAAGAUGUCCCAUUGCUUUGUGAUUCAAUCAGAAAACAAAAAUUAUUGGCUCCCUUUCGUGAACUACUAAUGAAUCUCAACAGUGAUGCCAUAUCAACAUCCAUUAAUCCUCCAGUAACUUGCAUAGUUUCAGAUGGUUUGAUGUCCCCGUUCACAAUCACAGCCGCUGAAGAGAUUGAAGUCCCUAUAGUGCUGUUCUACACUAUUGCGGCAUGCAGCUUCAUGGGAGUUAUACAAUUUCGUGUUUUGAUCGAAAAAGGCCUGGCCCCACUCAAACGUAAAAUAUAUUAUAUAUACACAACUACAGAAGCUUUAAUUAAUUUAUGGCUCGUUCUUAAUUCCUUGUUACUAAACAUGCAAAUGAAAUUCUCCGUUUUAUUAUUAUUAUUUUUUGGGUAGGGCAGAGCUCUUUGACAAAUGGAUAUCCGGAAAAGGUUAUAGAUUUAUUGAAACCGGUUUGUAUGGAUGGGUUGUAUGUAUGAGUUGUCAUCGUCACUAUAACUUGUCAUUCACCAGUCACUUUCCAUAGCUUGUCAUUCACCUUACAUCAACCUUUCUCCAUAGCUUGUCAUUCACCAAUCACUUUCCAUAGCUUGUCAUUCAUCUUACAUCAA